UGGGUGCCCUUUUAGCAAAAUAGCACGCGUUGAAGAACGCGUCUGAGAAUGAGCAGGUGGCUGGAUUGUGUUUGAUUAUCUAUUUCACCAGUUUAGUCUUCACAAUGCCUGCAAUUAAGAGCUUAACGAUAACUUGUGACGCGCUGAACGAGAAUGAGACGUUUUCGGAGGGAGACACUCUCACUGGAAAAGUAACGCUGGCCUUAUUGAAGGUGACCACAGUUGAGGGCCUGAUUGUAAAAGCCAAAGGAGACGCUGAUGUACGCUGGACGAAAAAGAGCGGCGACCGCACCCAUACAUCCCAUGCACACAAGAGAUAUUUCAAACUGAAGCAGUUUCUGAUCCCAGAGAACUCAACGGAAACUGUUGUUCCCCAAGGGAUCCAUGUCUACAAAUUCAGCUUUAACAUACCACCAAGAAGCAUGCCUUCAUCCUUCAAGGGAAUGUAUGGAAAGAUUGUCUACAAAUUGGAAGUCAAGUUGUCCAGGAGUUGGAGGAUGGACCGUACAGUAGAAAAGGACAUAUGUUUUGUCUCCAAGUCCUAUCCAAACCUUCAUUCUCUGAUGUCACGCCAAGUUGGUUCAACAAAGAAAGAGAUGGGGCUUUUCUCAAAAGGACAUGUACAAAUGGAUGUCAUUGUUGACAAGAGUGCUUAUGCCCCAGGUAUACAUUUCUCUUCAAAUGUGGUAGGUUCAAAUCACGGAAGGAGAUCUUCUGCUGAAGGUGAAACUCUGGCGAUCGUUGCAAAAAUCAACAAUUCCUCAUCCAGUGAGAUGAUUCCCAAAUUCAGUUUAAUCCAGAAUGUGGUAUACCGUGCCAACAGCAGUACCAAACAUGUGAGCAGUGUUAUCCACAAAGUGGUUGACAACGGUAUUAAAUCCCAAACACAGAAGGAUGUCAGGUGUGCAAUACAGAUUCCUCGUGUUCAGAUGCCAACCAUCCAGAAUUGUGACAUUAUCUCAGUGGAAUACCAUUUAAAGGCGUAUCUGGACAUCAGCUUUGCUUUCGAUCCAGAGAUAACGUUCCCAGUGGUCAUUAUUCCCCCAGACCUCGUUCCUGGCCGUCAGCCUGGUGGUGCUGAGGGUCCCUAUCCAGCUGGAGCUGCUGGGGGCCCAAGCAACAGUGACUUCCUUCCCCCUGCGGUGUCUAUAGAUCCCUAUCCUGUAUCCCCACACUCAGGCAGUUAUGGAUACCCAGGAGCCCAAAGGUAUUCAGCACCACCACCUGCGUACCAAAAUAACUCACUGGCGUACGCUGGACCACCAGGUGUGUACCCUGCUCAGCCGGCACACAUCAAUAGGGGCUACAAUAACCCAGUGCCACAAUUGGAUUCUCCUUAUGGAUAUCCAUUUUCAUCUUCAUCUACAUCUUCUGUGCUUCAUCCUCCGCCUAGUGCCCCAACAUUUCCACCACCCCCACCUGCCCCAUCCACUUCUCCUCCCCCCUUCAGCAUAUCCCCAACUGCCCCUACAUACAACGAGCUGUCUUUUGCACCAAUGAUGAACACAGACUUUCUGUGUCAAUCGGAUGAAGCUCCUCCAGAAUAUUCACUCCUUUUCCCGUCUUCUGCUACUGACAAAUCUGAUGCAAAAUAAUAGAGAAUAUGCUUAAUGACUGAAUCACUUUGUUAAUCGAGACGUACAAAUACUAAUACUUAUUUAAACGGGGAAUCUCAUCACCUAGAUUGUGUCUUUAACAAUUAGUGUUUUUCGUGUCAAGUGCAAAAGUCAUUGUGUGCAAUUGUUACUGUUUGCAUGUAAACAAUUAUAUAGGAAAAAAGGAUUUUUCCAUUAUAUGGGAAUGUAGUUUUCCUGCCCGUUCAUGUCGCUUUGUGCAGCUGCUCAAACCUCAGCCAUCUGUAUAUACUGUGUGUACACGUGCCUUGAUCAACCCAAGAGUCCUCGACUGACUAUUUUUUCAGUGUUAUAUAGUUUAUACCUAUUAUCUCUACCUCACUCUUCUUUGUGGAGGCUGGUUGAAAGAAACUGGACAACAAGAAAUCUUUGUAUGUUUAUAUAAAGCUAAACUAAGGCAACAUAUGUAUUCCCAGUCUGCUGAAUUUAACACCAGACUACUUCUCUCUAUUUAAAUUACACAACUGCCAGUGUUGUUUCUGACUUGUAGAUGUGAAUAAAGUAUUGCAACAGAA